AGUGUAUAUAAAUCCGUUUAUGUAAGACCAUGUUCUCAUUGACUAAAUUGAGCUGAAUUGAACUGAAUAUUUUAUUAGAAAAGGAAGUUAGAAGAAACUUAACUGAACGGAAAAUAAUCUAAUUAGAACAAGGUUAUCACCCUUGGCGGAUCCUGAUUUACACUUCAUAUUCUUGCCUCUACUCAAAACAUUUUUCAAAAAAAAAAAAAAAAAAAAAAAAAAAAAAAAAAACGCUCAAACCAAUUACACCUAAUCCCAUAAUCAACGCAUUGACAUUUACAUUACACACGUAGAAGAUUGUAGGUAGAGAUCCAAGUUCCAUUAAAUAGUGUUGAAGUUCCAUUAAACUUAAAGUGAAGUGAAAAUGAUGGGAAUAAGGCCGCAGAUCAUACUCUUUGGGGAUUCCAUCACACAACAAUCCUUCGCUCCUAAUGGCUGGGGUUCUGCUCUUGCUGACAAUUUCUCUCGCAAGGCCGAUAUACUGAAUCGAGGCUAUGGUGGGUACAACACUAGAUGGGCAUUGUUUCUCUUGCAUCACAUUUUUCCACUGGGUUUGGCUAGUCCUCCUGCUGCUGCCACCAUUUUUUUUGGAGCUAAUGAUGCGGCUUUGCUUGGGAGGAAUAGUGAAAGGCAACAUGUUCCUAUCGAGGAGUUCAAGGAGAACCUUAAAAAAAUUGUUCUGCACUUGAAGAAAUGCUCACCUAACAUGUUAGUGGUGCUUAUAACUCCUCCUCCUGUUGACGAGGAAGGCCGCAUGGAAUAUGCUCAGUCGAUGUAUGGUGAAAAGGCAAUGAAGAUUCCGGAAAGAACAAAUGAAACAGCAGGUAAAUAUGCAAAUCAGUGUAUUACAUUAGCGGAGGAACUGAGUAUUCCCUCCAUAAAUCUAUGGUCCAAGAUGCAAGAAAAUGAGGGCUGGCAAAGAAAAUACUUGAGUGAUGGGUUGCAUUUGACAUCCGAAGGCAAUGCAGUUGUGUAUAAAGAGGUGGUUCGCGUCUUUAACCAGGCUGGUCUUUCUGCUCCAAGUAUGCCUUAUGAUUUCCCUCAUCAUUCAGAAAUUGAUUCAGAGAACCCUGAGAAAGCUUUUACCAUACAGUGUUCAUAAUGCUCUGUAUAUGCAUUCAUUUGCAACAACUUAAAUAUUGUAUUUUCUUUACACUGAUUCAUUGGAAAGGUGUAUGGAGAUUUUGUGGAUAUUUCAUGGUUAUAUUAUAUUCUUUGACUAGUAUCUAGAACUAUGACUUCUGAUCAUGAGGUUUAAAAAUACACUUGUAGUUAUCAUUUCAAUCUGAUAGUAUUUUUUCAUA